GUGUUACGAGGCGAACGAGAGCAGACCACGACCGCGACGACGGCGACAAUCAAUAAAGUGCGACGUGAAAAUCGUUGGCUUCAGUCCAGUUCGCAGUGACACAAUUUCCCGAGUAAUUAUCAGUCUUCCGUGAUCCGUGAUGUCCCUGGUGCCGAUUUUGUUCCGCGAUUGGUUGGACGACGUGUGGGACAGCCCGCUGCACAGUUCCAGGAUCUUGGAUCAGCACUUUGCCACCGGACUGCUGGCGGAUGAUUUGUUCGGUGCGAUAUCGACCUGCCCAAGGCAUAACUAUCGUCGGCAUGGUUACUACCGCCCUUGGCGAACGGUUCAAUCCCAACAGGAUAUGGGUUCCUUCGUGGAUGUUAACAGCGAACGGUUCCAAAUCAACUUGGAUAUACAGCAGUUUACCCCGGAUGAGAUAACCGUUAGGACGGUGGACGACAUGGUCGUCGUCGAGGGGAAGCACGAAGAGAAGCAAGACGAGCAUGGAUAUGUAUCUAGACAGUUUUGCCGUAAAUAUAAGCUGCCAAAUGGAUACGAGCCAGAGGACGUCACUUCUUCUAUUUCGACGGACGGAGUACUAACGGUUACGGCUCCGAAAAAGGCGCUACCACAGAAGUCGGACGAGCGAAUUGUGCAAAUUACGCAGACGGACGAACUGCUCUCUGAUAAGGAUUCUGAUAAGGAUAAGGAAGAGGAUGAAAACUACCCAGUUUCGGGGAAAACAGGCUUCUCUCUUUCGCAGCACAGCCAGUUCCACGCGGAGCGUUGCAGUGAAAAGUGCACCAUCAGUAGAUACGCCUCAUCGGACAAGAUGCCACCAAUGCUGUACCGAAAAAUGUGGGACGACGCCCCCAACCGGUCCCACAUACCGGAUCAGCAUUUCGGCCAAGUUGUGAGCACCGAUGACCUGGUGGACGCCCUGACGACGCAUCAACUCCGCCGAAGACAACACGGUGCCUACGAACGGCCAUGGCACCAUGGGGACUCCCUCCGGGACACUGGAUCCACCGUGCAGGUAGCGGACGACAAAUUCGAAGUCUGUCUGGAUGUGGCGCAAUUCAAGCCGGAGGAAGUCUCGGUAAAGCUCUCCGGCCAUUGCAUCACCGUCGAAGCGAAGCACGAGGAAAAAGAAGACGAUCACGGACUGGUGAUGAGACAGUUCCUUCGACGGUACACGGUGCCACAUGGGCACGACCUGGAACGGAUCGGUUCGUCGCUGUCUUCGGAUGGAGUGUUGACGGUCACUGUUCCGAAAUCAACGGGUGCCGCAUCUGAGGCUUUGCGCGACAUUCAGGUUGUAGAGACGGGUGAACCUGCGCAUCUGUCGCACGAUCGACACAUGGCUAGCAACGGAAAUGGCGUUUCGUAAAAGGUGUUUCAGUUCAUUGUGAAUCUUUAGAAUUAUCAAUACAGGGUGUUGAAAUGUC